UGUAAGGGGGAUUGUGUUUCCUGUUUAAAGUUUACUCCCACUCCCCAGAGGUUGUUGAGUGUCGCAGCCUUUUCUCUCCGUAAGAAGCUCCAUCUGAAGGACCCAUCAGAGACCAGAUCCUGCUGAACCUGAACCCAGCUGUUUGUCCAUGAAGCCACCGUUAUGUUACAAAAAGAAGGUGACCUGUAACCGAGAGGAGAAUUAACAUGGACGAGAGGCUAGUUGAAAUGGAGCGGAGAGAAUUGAUGGAUCUAAUUAAAAUGGAGAGACGUAAACAUGAGACGGAGCGAAAUGCAAUGAAAAGUGAAAAUGAAAUGUUAAGAAGAAAAUUGAGGACGGUCUUGGGACUGGACUCUGAUGAUUCUGAACCUGAACCUGAACCCAGCUGUGUGUCCUUGAAGAGUGACUGGUCCAGGAAAACACCGUUAGCUUUCAGAAGACAUCCAAAGGAAGAGACCAAUCAGAGACCAGACCCUGCUGAACCUGAACCUGAACCCAGCUGUGUGUCCUUUAAGAGUGACUGGUCCAGGAAAACACCGCUAGCUUUCAGAAGACAUCCAAAGGAAGAGACCUUCAUGGGACCUGAACCUGAACCCAGCUGUGUGUCCUUUAAGAGUGACUGGUCCAGGAAAACACCGCUAGCUUUCAGAAGACAUCCAAAGGAAGAGACCAUCUUUGGACUGGACUCUGAAGCUGAACCUGAACCCAUCUGUGUGUCCAUGAAGAGAAACAGGUCCAUUGGGCCACCACUGUGUUUGAAAGGACAUCUCCCAACCACAGAGAGGAGACCAACGUCUCCUGAACCAGAACCCAGCUGUGUGUCCUUCAAGAGCGACUGGUCAAAGGAUAUUUUAAUUGAUUUUAAAAGACAACAACCCUCUGCUGAAAAAAGGAGGAGACUAGAGUCUCCUGAACCAGAACCUGAAACCAGCUGUGUGUCCUUCAAGAGCGACCGGUCGAAGGAUGUUAUUAUUGAUUUUAAUGGAGGACAACCCUCUGCUGCUGAGAGGAGGAGACCAACGUCUCCUGAACCAGAACCCAGCUGUGUGUCCUUCAAGAGCGACCGGUCAAAGGAUAUUUUAAUUGAUUUUAAAAGACAACAACCCUCUGCUGAAAAAAGAGAGGACCAGAAAAUCUCAGAGGUUCCCAGUGGUCAGUCUGCGCAGCAGCAUCAAACACACCUGGACUCCAUAUUUAUGCUGCUGGAGGAGAACAUUGUCACUUUUGUGAAGAACGAGCUGAAGAAGAUCCAGAAGGUUCUGAAUCCAGAUUACCCAGAAUGCUCAGAGAGUCAGAGGGACAAUGAGGAUGAAGAGCAGAGGAGGAGCAGCAGAGAGGCAUUUCUGAAGAUCACACUGCACUUCCUGAGGAGAAUGAAGCAGGACGAGCUGGCUGACUGUCUGCAGAGCAGAAGUCCAGCAGGAGUUUGUAAGCGUAAACUGAAAUCUCACCUAAACAAGAAGUUCCAGUGUGUGUUUGAGGGGAUUGCUAAAGCAGGAAACCAAACCCUUCUGAAUCAGAUGUUCACAGAGAUCUACAUCAUGGAGGAAGGGACUGCAGAGGUCAAUGAUGAACAUGAGGUCAGACAGAUUGAAACAGCAUCCAGGAAACCAGACAGACCAGAAACAACAAUCAGACAAGAAGACAUCUUUAAAACUCCACCUGGAAGAGAUGAACCAAUCAGAACAGUGAUGACAAAGGGAGUGGCUGGCAUCGGGAAAACAGUCUUAACACAGAAGUUCACUCUGGACUGGGCUGAAGACAAAGCCAACCAGGACAUCCAGUUCACAUUUCCAUUCACCUUCAGAGAGCUGAAUGUGCUGAAAGAGAAGAAGUACAGUUUGGUGGAACUUGUUGAUUACUUCUUUAGUGAAACCAAAGAAGCAGGAAUCUGCAGGUUUGAAGAGGUUGUGUUCAUCUUUGACGGUCUGGAUGAGUGUCGACUUCCUCUGGACUUCCUCAACACUGAGAUCCUGACUGAUGUUACAGAGUCCACCUCAGUGGGUGUGCUGCUGACAAACCUCAUCAGAGGGAAUCUGCUUCCCUCUGCUCGCCUCUGGAUAACCACACGACCUGCAGCAGCCAAUCAGAUCCCUCCUGGGUGUGUUGACAUGGUGACAGAGGUCAGAGGGUUCACUGACCCACAGAAGGAGGAGUACUUCAGGAAGAGAUUCAGAGAUGAGGAGCAGGCCAGCAGAAUCAUCUCCCACAUCAAGAAAUCACGAAGCCUCCACAUCAUGUGUCACAUCCCAGUCUUCUGCUGGAUCACUGCUACAGUUCUGGAGGACAUGUUGAAGACCAGAGAGGGAGGAGAGCUGCCCAAGGCCCUGACUGAGAUGUACAUCUACUUCCUGGUGGUUCAGUCCAAAGUGAAGAACAUCAAGUAUGAUGGAGGAGCUGAGACAGAUCUACACUGGAGUCCAGACACCAGGAAGAUGAUCGAGUCUCUGGGAAAACUGGCUUUUGAGCAGCUGCAGAAAGGUAACCUGAUCUUCUAUGAAUCAGACCUGACAGAGUGUGGCAUCGAUAUCACAGCAGCCUCAGUGUACUCAGGAGUGUUCACACAGAUCUUUAAAGAGGAGAGAGGACUGUACCAGGACAAGGUGUUCAGCUUCAUCCAUCUGAGUGUUCAGGAGUUCCUGGCCGCUCUUCAUGUCCAUCUGACAUUCACCAACUAUGGAGUCAACCUGCUGUCAGGAAAACCAACAACAUCACGGGGAUCUAAAGUGCUCAGAGACAGAUCAACAGGUUUCUACCGGAGUGCUGUAUACAAGGCCUUACAGAGUCCAAAUGGACACCUGGACUUGUUCCUCCGCUUCCUCCUGGGUCUUUCACUGCAGACCAAUCAGAAUCUCCUACGAGGCCUGCUGUCACAGACAGGAAGUAACUCAGAGACCAAUCAGGAAACAGCUGAGUACAUCAAGAAGAAGAUCAGUAAGAAUCUGUCGGCAGAGAGAAGCAUCAAUCUGUUCCACUGUCUGAAUGAACUGAAUGAUCGUUCUCUAGUGGAGGAGAUCCAACAGGCCCUGAGAUCAGGAAGUCUCUCCACAGAUAAACUGUCUCCUGCUCAGUGGUCAGCUCUGGUCUUCAUCUUACUGUCAUCAGAAGAAGAUCUGGACGUGUUUGACCUGAAGAAAUUCUCUGCUUCAGAGGAGGCUCUUCUGAGGCUGUUGCCAGUGGUCAAAGCCUCCAACAAAGCUGUGCUGAGUGGCUGUAAUCUGUCAGAGAGAAGCUGUGAAGCUCUGUCUUCAGUUCUCAGCUCCCAGUCCUCCAGUCUGAGAGAGCUGGACCUGAGUAACAACGACCUGCAGGAUUCAGGAGGGAAGAGGCUGUCGGCUGGACUGAAGAGUCCACACUGCAGGCUGGAGACUCUCAGGUUGAGUGGCUGUAACCUGUCAGAGAGAAGCUGUGAAGAUCUGUCCUCAGUUCUCAGCUCCCAGUCCUUUAGUCUGAGAGAGUUGGACCUGAGUAACAACGAACUGCAGGAUUCAGGAGUGAAGCAGCUGUUGGCUGGACUGAAGAGUCCACACUGCACUCUGGAGACUCUCAGACUGAGUGACUGUAAGCUGUCAGAGAGAAGCUGUGAAGCUCUGUCCUCAGUUCUCAGCUCCCAGUCCUCUAGUCUGAGAGAGCUGGACCUGAGUAACAACAACCUGCAGGAUUCAGGAGUGAAGCUGAUCUAUGAUGGACUGAACAGUCCAUACUGCAGGCUGGAGACUCUCAGUCUGUCAGGCUGUCUGAUCUCAGAGGAAGGCUGUUCUUCUCUGGUCUCAGCUCUGAGCUCCAACCCCUCCCAUCUGAGAGAGCUGGACCUGAGCUACAAUCAUCCAGGAGACUCAGGAGUGAAGUUACUCUCAGCGGGACUGAAGGAUCCAAACUGGAGACUGGACACUCUCAGGGUGGAGCCCGCUGGAGUCAGAUGGUUGAGAAGAGGUGUCACCUUUUUCAGCACUUCUGAGUUUGCAGAUUCCUGUGAACUCACAGUCGACACAAACACAAUGCACAGAGAACUCAAACUGUCUGACAACAACAGGAUGGUGACACGUGUAGAGGAGGAGGAGCAGCAGCCAUAUCCUGAUCAUCCAGAGAGGUUUGACUCCUGGCAUCUGCUGCUGUGUAGAGAUGUUCUGACUGGUCGCUGUUACUGGGAGGUCGAGGUGAGAGGAGAGGUUGGUGUAGCAGUGAGUUACAGUGAAAUCAGGAGGAAAGGAGACUUUAACGACUGUGUGUUUGGAUAUAAUGAUCAGUCCUGGAUUCUGGAGUGCUCUGAUCGUGGUUACACUGUCCGGCACAAUAACAGAGGGACAACCAUUUCCUCCUCCUCUGUCUCUGGCAGAGUAGCAGUGUAUGUGGACUGUCCUGUUGGCUCUCUGUCCUUCUACAGAGUCUCCUCUGACUCACUGAUCCACCUCCACACCUUCAACACCACAUUCACUCAGCCUCUCUAUCCUGGGUUCGCAUUCUGGUCUGGUCCUGGUGACUCAGUGUCUCUGUAGGACAGAGAGUCUCCUCCUGUUUCUCACUGCUGAUCAGUGGUGGAAUGUAACGAAGUUAAUGUACUUAAGUAAA